AUGUUGAAUCCACGCGUGUUUUUUGACAUCGACAUUGAUGGGCAUCGAGGUGAAAAAGGACUCGCGAAACUGUCUAAUGUGCCUUUACACUAUCGUGGAUCGAUAUUUCAUCGAGUGAUCAAAGGUUUUAUGAUACAGGGUGGAGACUUCACUAGAAGAGAUGGAACAGGUGGUGAGAGUAUCUACGGACAAACAUUUGCGGAUGAGAAUUUUCGUCGCAAACAUGAUCAGGAAGGAUUGCUGUCCAUGGCCAACAGGGGGCCUAAUACAAAUAGUUCACAAUUUUUUAUAACUGUACGGCCAACACCUCAUUUAGAUGGAAAACACGUUGUCUUUGGUCGUGUUGUCAGUGGUUUUGACGUUGUAGAGACUAUUGAAAAUACCCCAACCGAUGAAAAGGACCGUCCAAUCGCAAAUGUGAUGAUUGGACAAUGUGGAGAACUUGAAUUGAGGCUUCCGCCCAAUAUUAAACCACGAUCCGUUACGCCAUCCUCAACAUCAGACACUGAAUCUUCCGAUUCUGAGCUUAGUAGUAGCAGAUCACGCAGUCCAAGUGUCAGUCGUGGACGUAAAGCAAGAGCAAGAAGUCGAACACGAUCACUUAGCAGAGAUAGGUCCAAUGUGAGUGUUGAAGAAGAGGAUAAUAUUAAGCCGAAAAAUGGGGAUGGGCAACGAAGAGAUCGUUCCUCAUUAUCACACUCUAAAUCUCGAUCACCCGCAAACUCUCGCUCAAGAUCAAGGUCACAUUCAAGAUCAAUCAAAAGACGAUCUCGUAGCAGGUCACCAAUGUCACAUUCGAGAUCGAGAUCACCUCGACAUAAGUCACGUUCUCGUUCAUCACGUCCUCGGUCAAGCUCCCGAACGCGUUCUCUUCGUGAAAGAUCACUUUCCCGUAGCAGAACCCCACCGCCAAGUCGUCGACGUCGGGGAGUUGAUAGCUAUAGACCUGGAGACACUUAUAUCGCGCCUAGUUAUCGUCGUGAUAGUGGCUCGACGCGUGACAAAACAAAAAGUUUUGAAAAAGCUCAUGAUCGGGAUGAUGAUCGUGAAUCUCGACGCGACAAAGAUCGACGAGGCAGAGAAAUACGUGAACGGAACGACGAUGAUCGUCGUGCAGAAAAUGUAGAUGAUCAUGAGAAGGAGGAAGAAGGGAAAAAGGAUAAAAGUCGUCGGAGAUCAAUGUCAAGGUCUCCUCCGAUCAAAUACAAAGGACGCGGCAGAAUGGUAAUAAUUUUAGCCAUAAGUAUUUCCAGUCAAUUAAUUCCUAAUAGUGUAAUAUCUUUGAAGAAAGGGAAUUUUGAUGGCAAAACAGCACAGAUAACUCGUACACUGAAUUUUGGCAAAUUUAGAGAUGAUCGUAAUGCUAUUGCGAACGGAAUUGCACUUAGCUUAUAA